CCUCAACAUAACCCUAGCACAAGAAGUAAAUGAAACGCACUCCUGACCGUAGAUUUCUGUCCCCUCUGCACACUAGGGUUUUAGUAUUUGAGCGCCUUCAGCAGCACUUCUCUGUCGCCCUCUCCCAAUCCCUCUCCCUCUCCCUCUCGUUCUCGCACAACGAGCUGCGGCUAUGGCCUUCAUCAAAGCUCAAAAGUCAAGGGCUUACUUCAAGCGUUUCCAAGUCAAAUUCAAGAGAAGGAGACAGGGUAAGACAGACUAUCGGGCCAGGAUUCGUUUGAUUAAUCAGGACAAGAACAAGUACAACACUCCCAAAUAUCGAUUUGUCGUGCGAUUUACUAACAAGGAUAUAAUUGCACAAAUUACAUCUGCUAGCAUUGCUGGUGAUAUGGUUCUUGCAGCUGCUUAUGCCCAUGAACUUCCUCAUUAUGGGCUUGAAGUUGGCCUCACAAAUUAUGCUGCAGCUUAUUGUACUGGCCUUCUCUUGGCUCGCCGAGUACUGAAAAUGCUUGAGAUGGAUGAGGAGUAUCAGGGGAAUGUUGAGGCUACUGGGGAGGAUUUCUCUGUUGAACCAACUGAAAGCAGGAGGCCUUUCCGAGCUCUCCUGGAUGUUGGCCUUGUACGAACAACUACCGGCAAUCGUGUUUUUGGUGCCCUCAAGGGAGCAUUGGAUGGUGGACUUGACAUUCCUCACAGUGAUAAGAGGUUUGCUGGAUUUGGCAAAGAGAGCAAGCAACUUGAUGCUGAGGUCCAUCACAAGUACAUCUAUGGAGGCCAUGUUGCUGCAUACAUGAGAACUUUGAUGGAAGAUGAGCCUGAGAAAUACCAGUCCCAUUUUAGCCAGUACAUUAAGAAGGGUCUUGAGGCAGAUGGCCUUGAGGAGAUGUACCAGAAGGUCCAUGCAGCCAUAAGAGCUGACCCCAAUCCAAAGAAGUCUGAGAAGCCUCCAAAGGAGCACAAGAGGCAUAACCUAAAGAAGCUGACUUAUGAGCAAAGGAAGGCUCGGCUGAUCGAGAGGUUAAAUGCUCUCAACUCUGCUGCAGGAAAUGAUGAUGAGGAUGAGGAAGAUGAUGAUGAGUGAACACUGCUGUUUACGUCCUCCUUUUUGUGCUAGACUGUUGCUUCAAUUUUUGCAUGUUUAGUAGAAUGAGAACUAUUGCGUGUUACUGACAGAGUAGACUGCAUUGACGAUAUAAUUUUAAAUUUCCUCAAGUUUGGAUUUUUAUUUGCUGUGUUAGUACAACUCCAAUCUGGAGAUGCAUGAUCUCACAUUCUCAUGGUCGGUAUAGUUGUGUUUUGCAUCAUGUUUAUCUGGGUUGCUGAAUGUGAUGGUCUUUUUGCCUAUGUUGAAUGUUCUUGUCUUGCCAUUCCUGAUCUG